AGCCAGACAGAUCUUUCUCCUCCUCCUCCUCCUCCUCGCCGCGCACGCGACGCGACACGACGGCAUAAAAGGCUCCCUCGUCUCCCUCCUCCGCUAGCUGCGGCCGCUCACUCCACCAUUCCACCAACUAGCUAGCUAGCUAGCCACGCCAUCCCUUUCUCCUCCUCCUUCUUCUUCUUCUUCUUCUUCUUCUUGGUCCGGAGAGAGUAGAGAGGAGGGCGCGCAGCGAGAUGGCUUGCCCGGCGCAGUCGAUGCUGUCGGCGAGCACCACCAGCUGCUGCGCGUUCCUGAGGAGCAGCGCCGCCGCCAAGCCACAGGCCGCGGCGUCGGCGGCGGCGAGCCUCGCGCGAGGGGGGAGGCUGUUCCUGCUGUCCUGCAACGCCUCGUCGUCGUCGUCGUCGCCGUCGCCUUCUUCACCUCCGCCGCCGGCGCCGGCGGCGGAGGACUGCAACGAGGAGGAGUGCGCGCCGGAGAAGGAGGUGGGGAGCCUGAGCGCGGAGUGGCUGGCGGAGGAGCGGACCAAGGUGGUCGGCACCUUCCCUCCCAAGAAGAAGGGAUGGACCGGCUACGUCGAGAAGGACACCGCCGGCCAAACCAACAUCUACUCCGUCGAGCCGACGGUGUACGUGGCGGAGAGCGCCAUCAGCUCGGGGGCGGCGGGCGCGGCGGCGGACGGGUCGGAGAACACGGCGGCGAUCGCCGGCGGCCUCGCCCUCGUCUUCGUCGCCGGCGUGUCGUCCAUCCUCAUCCAGGUCGGCAAGAACCAGCCGCCGCCGCAGGCCACCGUCUACUCCGGCCCGCCGCUCAGCUACUACGUCGCCAAGUUCCAGCCGUCCCUCGCCGCGGUCGCGCUCCAGCAGCAGCCCGCCGUCGACGCGCCCGCCACAGAGGACGCCUCGUCGCCGGCGCCGGCGUCCCCCGCCGCCGCCGCCGCAGAGGACCAGCUCUCCUCCUGAACUGCUGCUGCUGCAGAUAGAGAAGAAGAAGAGAAGAUCAGAAAUGUCUGUGACUUCAGACAUGAUGCUUGUAUACGUAUCAUCACAGUUCACAAAGAUUCAAAUGUACUGAUGAAGGAUAUGCACGUAUACACUACAUGGUAGAUUGAUGAAACCAUUUUUAAGUUUCGUAUAUAUACAAGCAUAGAUUUGAUCACACGUAUGAACACCACCACACACGCACACAUUGUUCAGGAUUUCAGAUACAAGCAUAGUACAGUACCAUCUCUUUUAUUUA